UCAGGUGAAACCGGUCAGGCGUGCGGGACAGGCGGCGGUGACCGGGAGGAUGGCUGGGCGCCGCGGGCUGUGCCUCCUGCUGCUGCUGCUGCUCUGCGGGCUGCUACGGGCCGCCGCUCCCGCAGUGUCCACAUGAAGUUUGCCAGCAUGGAAAUGUUGCUUCACCUGCAAAUGUCUGGUUGUAACUUACUGCACGUUUACCAUAAUCAUUGUAGCUACAAAACCUGCUGGCGAGGAUGGCGACUCAAGCUGCUUCUCAAGAGUGGACUCAACCUGGUAAACAAGAGCCUGUGCAUGAGGUUUGAAAGGAAGGUGACCAUCACCUCCUGUGAUCUGGAUAUUUUCUUGCAUACACCUCAGCUACCCUGUAAAGCAGCUCUCCCACUCACAGCUAUGUCCACACCACUGGAAGACGCCAUGGACACCUUGAUCAGGAUUUUCCAUCACUAUUCUGGCAAAGAAGGAGACAGAUACAAGCUCAGUAAAGGAGAACUCAAGGAGCUCCUCACCAGCGAGCUCACUGACUUCCUCUCAGGCCAAAAGGACCCCCUUCUGGUUGAUAAGAUUAUGAAAGAUCUGGACUCCAAUAAAGACAAUGAAGUGGAUUUUAAUGAAUUUGUCAUUCUGGUUGCUGCUUUGACUGUAGCAUGUAAUGAUUACUUCGAAGAACAGCUGAAGAAAGAGGAAUUUUAAAAACACUCAAUACAAUCAAUUUCCUGGCCACAAAUGUGAGCAAAGCACAUGUAGCUAGGUAGCUCUCAUCAGCGUUUAGUGAAUGCAAACCAUCGUGCUUCCAACUGUUACUGCUGUCAGACACUUGUAGACCAGAUCAGCAGCUGGUGUAAGCUGGACCAAAGCCAGUCUACACUACUUGAGAUCUGGCUUUUAAUAUUUUCAGUCCUUGCGCUGUGUGCAUCUGUAACAUGCAUUCAUCAGUUGCCCAGGUCAAGGGUUCGGGCUGACAGAUCGUUUGGCAGGACUUGAGACUUUUAUUUCUUAAAUGUCAGUGGCAAGUAAAAGGAACAGGAAUGUUACUUAUGUGCUCUCUGAAUUGGCAAAUCUGGAAUAAAAUGUAAAACUUGCAA